AUGACUAAUUCAGAUUCAAGUUGGGCUAAUGGUCGAAAAUGGACUCGAUGGUUUGAAACAAUGCAGAAGAAUCAUCAGCAUAAUACUCUAAAAACACUUGAUAUAUGUGUCUGGUGUAUCAAUACAAAUGAUGCAAUUAAUUUUGAUCCAAAACUUUGGAAUCGAGAAGGUGUUUAUCGAGAUAAUAGAAGUUGGAAAGUACAAUUGAGACCAGAUCAAGGUUUGAAUUGGCGACAAUCGAGACGAUCUGUUGAAUUCAGUAGAAGUGAUCAAGAUUAUUUGACACUUUUUCACAAUCAACAGAAUCCAACUUGCAGUGUUUCUUAG